CUUUUUAAACGAUUAAACAUGUCUGACAUUAAUCUCUCUGGUAUCAAAAAUAUCGUGCUUGUGCUUUCCGGAAAGGGAGGUGUCGGAAAGUCUUCUGUCACAACCCAACUUGCCUUAUCAUUAGUCCAUCAAGGCAAAAAGGUAGGUGUGCUUGACAUCGAUCUUACUGGCCCAAGUAUUCCUCGCAUGUUGGGUUUGGAUGGAAAGAAGGUGCAUCAAGCAUCGCAAGGUUGGGUACCUGUUUAUGCUGAUGAAAAUCAACGUUUAUCUUGUAUGUCCAUUGGAUUUUUGUUGACAAAUAAGAAUGAUUCUGUUGUUUGGAGAGGACCCAAGAAAAAUGCUAUGAUCAAGCAAUUUCUGCAAGACGUUUAUUGGGGCGAUUUGGAUUAUUUAUUAAUUGAUACACCACCUGGAACCUCCGAUGAGCAUAUUGGCAUUGUAGAAUAUUUAAAGGAAUUUAACCCUGAUGGUGCUGUCAUUGUCACUACACCUCAAGGCGUUGCUAUUGCAGAUGUACGUAAGGAGAUUUCAUUUUGUAAAAAGGUCAAGUUACCAAUCUUGGGUGUCGUUGAGAACAUGAGCGGAUUUGUCUGUCCUCACUGCGCAGUAAGAAUGCACAAAUAUCUUUUCUUCCGGUGGUGGUGAGUCAAUGGCAAAGGAUUAUGACAUCGACUUUUUCGGCAGAGUUCCUAUUGAUCCUGGAUUCACUAGCAUGGUUGAAACUGAAGGUGCUGGAUCCUAUGUCAAUAUGUUUGAAAAAUCCAAUUUAUUCCCUGUAUUUCAACAGAUCUGUCAAAAGGUUGUCGAUAAAGUAGAAUCCAACAAGAAAUAAAAACAUCAAAUAACACACAUCUCACAAUUUGUACAAAUAAACCAUGAUUAAAUUAAUAAAAAAAAAAAUCAUAUUA